UAGCGACCUGAUGACCAUAGACGCAAAUGGAACAGAGAAGAAUAUGAAAGAAUAGCACUUCAACGUCUGCAGGAUGAAAUUGCAGAAGAAGAAUUGGGAAUUCCAAAGCAACCAGCAGUAAAAAGAGAAUUGCUCAAACAAAGAGAUUACAAAGUUGAUCUUGAAUCUAAAUUAGGAAAAAGUGUUGUUAUUAAUAAAAAUACUCCAUCAUCACAAACUGGAGGGUAUUAUUGUAAUGUUUGUGAUUGUGUUGUCAAGGAUUCAAUUAAUUUCUUAGAUCACAUCAAUGGCACCAAACAUCAACGUAAUUUGGGUAUGUCAAUGAAAAUAGAAAGAUCUACAUUAGAACAAGUUAAAGCUCGCUUUGCAAUGAAUAAAAAGAAAUUGGAAGAAAAAAAAAAAGAUUAUGACUUAGAACAAAGAGUAAAAGAAUUAAAAGAAGAGGAAGAGAAAAUUAAAGAAUAUAGAAAAGAGAAAAGAAAAGACAAGAAAAGAAAAAUUGAAGAAGUCAAUGAAGAUAAUGGAGGACCUUCAGAUGAAAUGGCAGCAAUAAUGGGUUUCUCAGGUUUUGGUUCUAAAAAAAAGUGACAAUGAAAUAUUAUCGGAUCAUUUGAUGAAAUAAUGCCUUCUCAAGAUGUAUCUUAAGAAAAGAUCACAAUUAAUUUCCUUAAAAUAUAUUUCAUUGAA